AUGCUGAUUUCAGGUCCAAUUCUGUGUUUUGAAUGUGAAACAGUCACAGCCAGCUAUUGGUGUGCUAAAUGCGAGAAAAACUUUUGUUCGAAAUGCAACGAGACUCUUCACACAUCGCGUACAGGGCGGACUCACCAACGAGUUCCCAUUGCUGACAAGCCAUCAGAAGUAGCCCUAUGUGGACUCCAUCCGGACGAAAAGCUCAAAUAUUGGUGUGAAACGUGUGAAACUGUUAUUUGUAACGAUUGUCAAAAAUUUAUGCAUAUAACUCACACCGUUUCUUUGACGAAUGAUACCACAGCCAAAUUACAAGAAAAGAUAGAGAGUAGCCUGCAAAUACAUGAAUCGUUCUUGAACGAUCAAUUAAACCAAGCCAACAAGUUAAAAAUCGAUAUUGAGAGAGUUAGUCAGUUACAUAAAUUGAAAAUCAUCGAAACUAUGGCAGCUCUUCGUGAAAUUAUCGAGCAGCAUGAGAAAUCAAUGUUGGAACAUAUUCUCGCAGUUGAAGUAAGCCAAACGAAGGAAGUUGAAGAUUAUAGCACUCGACUUCAAGAAGAAGUAGAAAAUUUGAAGAAAGAAAUAGCCAAAUUCACUCUUAUAAUCAAGACCAAAAAUCAGACGAAACUAUUUCAAUCGAAACAAGACUUCGAUGAAUACACGAAAUUGAUACUUUUACGACGCAAAGAACUAAAGUCACCUACCGGAGCCCUGCACCAUAUAGAAGGACUCGAACAACUACAAACAUUGAUAGAAAAAAUACUGACAACUGUACGAUAUGUCGAAAUACCAAAAUCCAAGAAAUCUCAACUCGAACAACGCAUCGCAAAUACCCGAGCCAGCUCGUUGAACUUGUGCCACUUUCGUAUAACAGACCAGGAUAUGCAAAUUGUAGCCCGUGCGCUGCAGAACAGCAAUGCACGCACACAACUAUGGCUCCAAGAGAAUAAAAUCGGCGACGAAGGAAUGCAACAUUUGGCUACUGCUCUUCAAAACAAUACUACUCUGAGAGUGCUCAAUCUCAGACAAAAUAGAAUUAGUGAAAAAGGAGCACAACAUUUAGCUGGUGCUCUUCGAACGAAUAAGACACUCACCAAUCUCUACCUACACCAAAAUAAAAUAUGCGCGGAAGCGGCAAAACAUUUAGCAAAUGCUCUUCAAAAUAAUACGACUUUAACUAAACUGUAUCUCCAUGACAAUUAUAUCUGUGAUCAAGGAGCUCAAUAUCUCGCUGAAACAAUUCAGAGCAAUACGACACUCACAAAGAUAUGGCUUCAAGGAAAUGAAAUCACUGAUGUGGGGACACAAUAUCUAGCUGAUGCUCUUCAAAAAAACACAACACUUACUUGCUUAGGUCUGCAACGUAAUGAAAUCAGCAACAAAGGAGCAGAGCAUCUCGCUAAUGCUCUUCGAAAUAAUACGACACUCAAACAAUUGUAUCUCAGAGGAAAUCAGAUCGGUGACAUUGGAACACAACAUCUCGCUAAUGCUCUACAAAAUAGCUCGGCACUGAUUUGCCUUGGUAUCCAAGAAAACCAAAUCAGCAGUACAGGAGCCCAACAUCUAGGUAACGUUCUUCGAAAUAAUAAGACGCUCAAGGAGAUAUGGCUCCAACAAAAUCAGAUCGGCGACAAAGGAGCGCAAUAUUUGGCUGAUGCUCUACGAAAUAAUCACACACUGAUUAUACUGAGUAUAGAACAAAAUAAUAUUAGUGAUAAAGGAGCGAAAAAUCUCAGUGGUGCUCUUCAAAAAAACACAACACUCAGUCGUUUGUAUCUUAGAAAAAAUCAACUCGGAGACAAAAGCACACAAUUAUUUUGUGGUGAAAAUAGAACUAAGUGCAACGUAAAACGUUACUCCAUUGACAAAUGUUAG